AAUGACACGUGUUUGGCUGUGGCUUACCUGUGGGUUGUGUUUCUUGAAACUGGUGGAGCUGCGUCCGCAAGGUUUUCCGUUCUACUACAAUCAACAACGGGAUCCGUUUCGAACAGUUAGAGAAUCUCCAAGUGAAAACGUAGUCCGGAAGGACUUUUACAUCCACGAGAUUCCCGAGGAAGUGCUGCAGGACGAGGUCCAGGACGAGAUGAAGUUUGUCAUGCAACGCAGACAACGGGAGCAGUUCGAGCUGGAUCGGUUCGUGCUGAAGAUGUACGAGGAAUUUCGGAAACGGGAACGCGAUGGAACGCUGAGCAAGUUUAGGCUGAUUUGAAUGUCGA